AUGUUCUCCCUGUUCAAUCGAUUCGCUGGUUUUGCUCGACUCCCACUCACACCAACCAUCGAUGUUCAAUCGUCGACUAUCACCACAACUAUAAGUCUUUAUCAAAGGUGUUUGAGGGAAGUGAGGAAGCUAGCAGCUGGUGGGGGCCACUAUGCUGUAUUAAUAGAUGCGUGUUCAUUGAAAGACUUCUGUGAGUUUCAAAUUGAAGACUGUGUAACACCAUGUAAUGCUUCUAUGAUUGAAGAUGUUGCAUAUCGAACUGGUUCAGAUGCUUUAGUUCGUCUUUGUGAGAGGUUAAGGAAUCCUUUAUGGCUGCUUGUUAUAUUCAUAAGCUACCUUCUUGCAAAAGCUUUAUGGGUCCAACUAGACAUAUCUGGUGAAUUCCGAAAUGGCGCUAUGAGUUUCCGGAGCUGA